AUGGCUGUGUCAUUCUCUACAUCUGUCAAAUUACCAGAUUCACAAAAACCUUCUGGAAAAGAGGAGUUCAUCAGCAAACUUCUCCAAAUUAUCAAGUUCCCAUUAUGGUUUUUUAACAUGACCGGCAUAGCUGUCAUAGACAACAGUCCCAGUUUGUCCAGUCAACCAGUAUCAAGAAUCCGCAGAAUGAUUGUAGUGCUAAGACUGUCUCUGUUCAGCCUCAUGCAUCUCUACAACCUAGCCAAGAUGGUAAUGACUGUGGCUGUACGUCUGCCUGGAAACAGCCAUGCCACUGACUUUCUGCUCCUGGAUUUAUGCAUGCUGUGUGCAGCAACCAACUUUAUGUGUGAAAACUUAACCAUGAGACUGUGGCUGGAGCCAAUGAUAAAAGUGUUGCUAGAAUAUAACCAAAAGUUCGGAUUCCUCCACGAUAUUGUAGGAAAGAAAGUGCAGUUUUCAAGGGUGUACACCGUAUUUUUUGUAUGUGUCAACAUUGUGUCUGUUGGGGCAAUAUUGUAUCUAGGGUGGCAUUGGCAUAAUUUCAGUGACGUUAUGAUACCAUUCAUAGCCAAUAGGACAGACACAAUCAGCAUGUAUGCCAUCUCAGCCUCCUUCUGUGUGGUCACUACUUUACUCCUAAUGACCAUACAGGGGUCAAUCCUCAUGCACUCACUAUUUCUGUGGGUGAUAGAUGGAGAGUUCAGGGCAACUGCCAGGUUAAUGGCUGAAAGUCUGAAAGUGUGUGAUGAUCUCACAGAGGCCAGAUUCGACUUGUGUAGAGAGAGGCAUCAGUUCCUGUGCAGAGUGGCAAGAUCCUUCAACAAGUUCACCAGACUGUUUGUGUCCACCACAAUCUUGUUCAACAUGACAACAGUCUUGAUAUAUAUCUACAACAAUAGCAAUGUAAUCAACAUACCAGGCUACUGGGCUGCUAAUUGUUUGGGAGGCAUUAGUGCCUGUGUAAUCACAAUCCUUUUUGUUUCCUGUCAAUGGGGGAAACUACCAAAUUCAGUUCACUCAAUUGCGGAUGCAGUAGCUGAUGCUGACUGGACAGCAAUGUCUAAGGACUUGAUACAGAAGAUGGGGCUUCUCCUGGACAGUUGUGGCGCCCAGAAAGUUGGUGUGAGCGUCUUUGGGCUAUUCACAGUAGACAGUAGUACCCCAAUGAUGAUACUGGGUACCAUGCUGACCUAUGGAAUUGUGGUUCUGCAGUUCCAAGUGGACAACACCAUCUGUUCGUGUCCUGGCAACAAAACAGAUCUCUAA